CUUCUAGAUCCCCCUUCUUGCUGCCUACCGCCAUCCACAAAUUCCCCAUCCGCCGAGCCACCCUCGCCCAUUUCCAUCCGAUCUGAGACCUCAUCGAUUCCGAGCACCGUGCGCGUCUCACUACAUACUCCUUCUGUCUUUGUGUCUCCGGAUCUUAUACACGCUGUGCACACACCGCCCGCCGCCUCUCAACUUGAACUGAAUAUCUUCUGUCAUUUAUUUCACUUCAUGACCACGCAGUCCGGCCUGCUAUCGAGCUUCACCCUCCGAACGCGAUUGAUCCCGCCACACAAUCCCCAGGGCUACUUGAGUUCACACCUGGCGAUAUUUCCCUCAUAGCUCCUUAACUGCACCCCUCCAGAUACCCUCCAGUCCACUGCAACACUGCAACAACAGCACUUUUCGAUGACCUCUCAAACUACCCUCCACCGCUCCAUCUCCUUCGAAGCCAAUGCAAGACUCGCCCCUCCCGUGUCGUCCUACGAUCCAGCCAUGAGCACGACCAAGAGUGGUCGGAGGAGGAGAUCGAGCAGUAUCAUAUAUCAAGAACCUCCAGAGUCCUUAGAGCAGAUCAGCGACCAGUCUGCCCUUCCCAACCUCAAUUCCCAAUGGGUUAAUGCAAAAGGAGCCUGGACGAUACACCCUGUCCUGAUAAUCGGCCUCAAGAUCCUCUUCGACAUAAUCCCCGGCGUUACCCAAGAGAUAUCGUGGACGCUCACAAACAUAACCUACAUGGCCGGGUCGUAUCUGAUGUUCCACUGGGUUCGAGGCGUGCCUUUUGAAUUCAACGCCGGAGCGUACGACAACCUGAACAUGUGGGAGCAGAUUGACAACGGUGACCAAUACACCCCCGCCAAAAAGUUCCUUCUCACCGUACCCAUCGUCUUGUUUCUGUUAAGUACACACUAUACACACUACGACUUCACCUACUUCACCAUCAACUUCAUGGCCCUCAUGGCUGUCGUGAUACCCAAAUUGCCGCAAUUCCAUCGCGUGAGGAUUGGGCUCUUUUCAGAGCCCCCGGAUGAGUGAAAGCGCUCUCUAUUUGACACGUUCUACAAGUCGGUGGCUUUCUUCUGGUAAAUCGAGGGGCGGUGCCGAUGGAGGGGACUGAAGAAGGGCCACGCUCCGUUAUCUUUUGUGGCCCACGUGGUUUUCUUCUCGCCUGUCUUCAAACUGUCUUUUUGGGAAAUCACAAAACGAGGGAUACCAUGGUCUUUGUAUUAGCAGCAGGGGUCAUGCUUUCGAAAAGGGCUCCCGGUCACACAGAGAGAGAAGCGAACGAGGGGAACAGGUAGCGAUUAGGGCCACUGGCCAUGGGCAAUGGAACGGAAGGAAUGGCAAGGAAAUCUUGUAUCAGGCCACACGGCCUGAGGGGGAGGGAAAAAGGUGCGACUGAGAAAACUGGAAAUCUUGCUCGUGCUUUCGUGCUUCGUAUGCCUCACAGACUUUGGAGUGCAACAGGGAUGGAUGGGAUCGGGAAAAAUCAAUCUCAUGCUAACUUGUCCCCAUAACAAUGAUAUCCGCCUUUUUCAGUCC